GGCCUGCCGUGAACGGCGAAAGCUAUCGGGCGCGUGUGAGUAAGAUAGUCUUCGCACAUUUUCUCCCAGUGUGGAUGAGUCAGCCGGAGUAAACUCCAAAGGGCUUGGUGAGCGAUACAGACACCCCUCACGGAGAGAGGACCGAUGAGUUCCAUCAGCCGGUACGAGAGCUACGCGUACGAGGGUCCUCCGCUGUACCUCGCCGGCCAGCAGGAGGACUACGCGUCGCUGCACGCGAUCGGCCAGCCUCUGGUGCUCGACCGGGCCGCGCUGAAGCGACGCGCCGACGAGCAGCCGAGUAGCGACUGCUCCUGCGGCUCCUCGCCCGACCUGUGGGCGCGCGGCCGGCGGCCCGCAGCAGCUCGGGAGAACGACUCGGAGCUGGCGUAUAGCGGCCAACAAGGCGGGACGUCUACACUGAGUCAGUUCUGUGCCAUUUGUGGUGACCGGGCGACCGGAAAACACUACGGUGCCGCCAGCUGUGAUGGCUGCAAAGGAUUUUUUCGACGCAGCGUCCGCAAGAACCAACGGUACUCGUGCAGUUUCAACCGGAGCUGCGUUGUGGACAAAGACAAAAGAAACCGGUGUCGCUACUGCCGCCUCAAAAAGUGUUUUCGCGCCGGGAUGAAAAAAGAAGCUGUGCAAAACGAACGCGACCGUAUCAGCAACCGGAGGCCCAGUUAUGACGAAUCUAAUAAUUCAACAGGACUCUCAGUCACAAAUCUACUCAACGCUGAAAUGUACUCAAGAAAUAUAUCCACUCCUGUAAGCGAAUACAACAUCACAAACAAAAAAGUUGCCAAUAUUGGCGACGUGUGCGAAUCCAUGAAGCAGCAACUUCUCAUUCUCGUUGACUGGGCAAAGUCGGUCCCCUCCUUCACGGAACUUUCAAUAGAAGACCAGGUGGCGCUGCUGCGUGCGCACGCGGGCGAGCACCUCCUGCUGGGCCUGGCGCGACGCUCGAUGCACAUAAAGAACGUGUUGCUGCUGGGCAACGACUUCAUCAUCCCGCGAGUAUCGUCCGAGGUUGAGAUCAGCCGUAUCGGGGCGCGCAUCAUGGACGAGCUUGUCACCACACUUAGGGAGGUGCAGAUCGACGACACCGAGUUCGCCUGCCUGCGAGCCAUCGUCUUCUUCGAUCCAAACACAAAGGGCCUCAGCGAGCCGCACAAAAUCAAGGCUCUGCGAUAUCAGGUGCAGACGAAUCUGGAGGAUUACAUCAACGACCGCCAGUAUGACUCGAGGGGACGUUUUGGCAAAAUUAUGCUCAUGCUGCCGACGCUGCAAAGCAUAACGUGGCAGAUGAUAGAGCAAAUCCAGUUCGCUAAGCUCUUCGGAAUGGCCAAGGUCGACAACCUGCUGCAAGAGAUGCUGCUGGGAGGCAUGGUUGGACCGCAGGCGUUCUACAAUCAAAGCGCAUCGCCGGACUGCCCGUCAGGAACGUCGACCUCGCCCCUGGCGCUCUCGAGUAGCAUCAUCCAUCAGUCGAUCCUGCAGAGCAGCGCGGGGCUCGAGAACCUUGCGAAUGGCCACCAGGGCCGCCGCUGUGAUGGCCACGAGUUGAGCACAGGCGGCGGUCUGCCGCAGCCGGACACCCCGAUACCGUCGCCGCCCGAGCCAGCCCCCUUCAAGCCCAUGCAAGACCUCGGCGUCCAGGCAUUCAAGACAGAGGUGCUGGAGACCGAGUCCACGUAUUAAGCGCGUGCCUAUCAUUGCAGGCGCACGCAGCGUGCUGCACGGUCUUAUCCUAGCGAGUUCCUCACACACACACAUACACACUGCCGAUGGUUGCACCUGGACUCUACAUGGAGCUGAGGCUUCCUGAUGUACAAAAAAAAAAGAAAAGCAAAAGCAACGCAAGCGUUUUGCUCUUAUAGCUCACGCCUUUUAUGUUCUGAAAGGAACAUGUCACUGUGCUUGUCAAGGACAAGGUGAUACCAAGUAUUUUCUUCUCAACACUUGAGUCUUUACGCAAAUCAAUCUGUAUUAUAGGAGAACAUAUUCGCUGUAUUUCUGUAUGCGAAAUGAAUGUCAGAAUAACAGCUCAUGAGAGUGUUGAAGUGUAAGUAUUGUACUAUCAUUUACUGUUUUUACCCAUUUCGCCAGCGCCGAACAGGAGGCGGUUGGUAAAACACACCGACUAUCCAGCCUCGGAAAGCCCAUUUCGAGGGUUUGUUGGACGUGGCUUCAAAGUGUUCCGUGCGUUAUUGCGAACUGGUCAUUAUACAUUUCUGGUCAUAUUGUAAAGAAGACGGAGUCACCGAGUAACUUUCAUGCAUACUUUUAUUAUAUUGAAGGCGAUUUCAAAGUAUUCUUGUGCAGAUGCAUGCACUUUGAAUAAAGUAUAUUGUAUUUUCCAACAUCUUUCUUAAAUAAAAUUCUCCCUGUCAUUCAA